UCGCAUGGGUUACUUGGUGUAGUUGUUUGGUGAUGUUUUUAAUGUGUUCAUUUUUAAUGUGUUUUGCUGAUGGAUUUUGUCAACGAUGUUGAAACAUACGGUGUUACAGAGGUCAUUCAUCCAUAUUUCAGUGGCUUCGCUCAAGAAAGGACCACUGAAUCUGAAGGGGAAGAGUCCUGCUGAUAAGCGUUGGCUUGUUCGACAGCUUAGUGAUCCUUUUGUGAAAGCUGCUCACACUCAAAACUAUCGUUGCAGGAGUGCUUUCAAACUCCUGGAAAUCGAUGACAAGUUCAACAUUCUCAGACCUGGCCACAGCGUAAUAGACUGCGGUGCUGCGCCUGGGGCGUGGAGCCAAGUUGCGGUUCAGAGGGUCAACUCAACAGGGGAACAUAUGGAGAAUCCCCGCGGUACUGUAGUGGGAAUAGACCUGCUGCGAAUUACCCCUUUGGAUGGGGCACACUUUCUAUCCAAUCAGGAUAUCACUGAUCCCGCCACUGAGGCCCAACUGCUGAGUCUUCUUCCUGACGCACGAGCGGAUGUCAUUCUGAGUGACAUGGCACCAAACGCUAGUGGACUCAGAGAACUUGACCACGAGAGACUGAUAAACCUGUGCCUUUCAGUAGUGGGGCUGGCCGAGAAAGUCUUGCGGCCCGGAGGCUCCCUUCUUUGCAAAUACUGGGAUGGGGCUCUCGCUCAUAAGCUGCAAACCAACCUGUCGCAACUCUUUCAGGACGUUAGGACAAUAAAACCCAAAGCGAGCCGAAAGGAAUCCGCCGAACUAUUUUAUCUGGCACGUACGUUCAGAAAGAGAUAA